UAGGACUAUUUAAACAACAAACACCAAAGUGAGAAAGGACUAAUAACUCAAUCAAUUUCUUGAAAAAAACAAAAUCCAAUAUACAAAUAUUAAUAUGGGAAGAGAAUUGUACAAGACGACGAGGAUGAUGAUGCUCCUUGUGCUGCUUGUAACCGUAAUAAAGGUGGAAGCGGUAUCAGAAUGUAAUGGGACAAGCAGCAGCAUAGGUGCUUGUCUUGUAGAUGUUGAUGAGUUCUUGAUGGAAUCAGAAACAAGUACUAGGAUUCUUGCUGCAGGUGGUAAUGCUAGAUCACAAAAAUUAUCUUACGGGUCCGCGGGGAAGAAAGCAGCCAUAUGUAAUGAAAAAAUUUACGGUAAUUGCAUCAAUAAUAAGAACGUUAAGGCAACACGCUGCAAUUCUGGUACCCGCUGCAAACGUGAUGUAAUAUCCCAUUAGUAAAUAUUUAUGUACAAGUCUCCAAGGGUAUCAACUACCUCUUUGCUUUACUUGAACCAAUAACAUCAUCGUCUACUCUUGUUACUUGUUUUUACAUUUUGUAUUUAUUGUCUCUUAAGUACUAAAUGCUUGAUUUUUAUAGUACUAGUAAAUUGAAAGUGUUUCGUUUUAACAGAA